GGUUUUAAGAUGUAUUAGUGGAAUACCUGUUUCAUGUUGUUUUUUUUUUCACUCUGAAAAAAUCUAGGAACCACAAACCUAAAUAACUCGAAAACACCAUGAAAAAAAGUGUUUAUAACUAAGGAUGCACAAAGGGAAAGUCUAUAAGACAUUCAAUAGACUAGAAUCAGCCAAUCAAUAGUGYCCUUUUUUUAUCUCAAGAUCUCUUAACAAACAAUUGCAAUUAGYUUGGAUGACGAGCAGUCCAAUCAUUCCAUUUAAAUCGCUUUUUUUGCAAGACAAGACAAGUGCAYGUUGUACAAACGAACAGCGCCCAAGAACAUCUAGAGUCAACGUUCUUGAAGCAAAAUAAAUCACGAGGAACAGCCGAARAGACAGCAUGUUGAACGCUACUAACGCUACCUGGGUCGACGCGUCGUGGAAAGAGCCAUUUGCUCUGAGAGUAGCUCGUCUUUUGGUUUUUAGCUGCGURGUCUUAUCAUCGUUAUUUGGUAACGGUCUAAUUGUUAAGACUGUGYUAUCCCUCCCAAGACGAAGAACUCCAUUCACUUACAAUCUAGUCAUGAACCUUGCACUUGCUGAGCUGUUGAACACCGUUUUAAUUCCAUUUUUGAUUUCAUACGAUGAAAUGCGUUCAUGGGUAUUUGGACAGUUCUUCUGYCAGUUGAUAAGUCCACUACAAAGCGUUGCCAGUACAGUCAUAACAAGCAGUGUGGCGGCGAUUGCAGCAUGUCGUUGCUGUUUCUUGGUUUUCCCUCGAAAAGCARACAAGUUCCAAAGAUACCGCUAUGCUAUGGGUCUUGCAGCUCUACUCUGGCUKCUUGCAAUGUCGUUGCAUUUCCCAAACUUUUUGUUCAAUCAAAAAGUUGAAAGCCCUUUCUAUAAGGACAUGUACUGGUGUAUCUGUCUUCUGCCUGGUGAUAGUACGCGUUCAUUUCCAUCAGCUUCGUUCCAGGCUCUGAUUCUUGUUCAAAUUGCAAUCAGUUUUCUUYUAAAUUCCACUAUCACUGUGACGUCCUAUGGACUUGUCAUAUACAAAAUACACAGUACUAGAGUGUACUUGAACAACAACCAGGAUGACUACGACCAAAAUGAAACUAUUUGUACCGUAGAACUACCAACACAAACAAGAGAAAGCCAGACCAUCGAAGAACAGAAAACCGAACGAACGAAGACAGACAAAGAUCGUAAAGAAAACGGUGACAAGUCCACAAUUCAGUCGAUGGAAAACGACGUGUUUAAGAUGUUUUACGCCAUUGUACUGGUCUUCAUUCUGUGCUAUUUCCCUUAUCAAAUCGUUUUCCUGAUGGAGUACUUCCAYGUUAUUACAUGGCARUGGAGGUACCUUACAGUCGUGCGAAAACUCCUUCUUGUCUUGACUUGCCUUCCAAGUGCUCUGCAUCCUCUCUGCUACGGUCUCAUGACAAACUUUUACUCAAAGGCCUUCAAGAAAAUCAUCCUUUGCCAGUGACAGUUAAAUACGAAAAGCCUCUGAUUUGCGUCCAUGUUUAGCUCACAACGAAACCCGAAUCUUUGACAAGUGAAAAAUACGUCAUAAUAAAAUUGACCGAAUCACAGCCUUGUACAGAAAGCCUUUGUCUUUGAGUCUCAAGGUAUGGUGGGAGAACUUGUUUAGAAGAAAGUCAAACCAGUAUUUGAAAGUGAAAUGUGCCAUAUGCUCCAAGUACAACUAGGACUGACAUUUGUCUUGAAGAAUCAGUUCAUCAGGAAUUGUGAUUCRAUUAAUAACGCAUGGCAUUUUAUAAUAAAUUAAGGCUUAAAUAUGAGAGAUGCCCAAGGCACUGGUGAUAGCAUUUCUUAGAUAAGAUUUGAUAUGGCUAGAUAAAUUGACGAAUGGGUGGAUUUAUAGACAUUAAUUAAUGAAAGAACUUCUAGAAAACUCGAUGUAAUCACGCGACGCAAUUUACUCAGAGUACAUGYAAAUAGCCUUUUUAAAACAUAACGAUCAAAAACUGUAAAAAUAUAUCAACAAUACGAAACUUGUGAAUUAAAAAAAAAUUGUU